UGCAUGCCAAGUUAUGGUCUUUAUAUUUUCGAUUUUGUACCUCUUCUUACCCAAAAAGAAAAUAAAACAUCUCUAAUUGAUCCAAAAAAAAAAAAAUCUCUCACACAGAUAAAUAAGUUUGAAUUGCAGCCAACAAUCAUAUUUGAGCUCACCAUUUUAUAAUACACAGUUAAAAAGUAUUCACACAUUAAAUGCCAUUAUGCCAACAAAAAUAAACUAAAUAAUAGCGGGAGCAGAAGCAUUCAUGAAAACUAGAAAGAAAAAAAAGAAGAAGAAAAAAACACUCUAAGGCAGGGCCUAGCCCAUAUCUGGUUCAGUAGUAACUCAUUAAUAUGCUCUAGUUUUAGUCUUUGGACUCGGGAUCAGAAACAUCCAAUAUAGUCUCUUUGGGCUUGUUAUGUUGUACUCGCUACUUUAUUACACACACACACACUCAAUGCCUGAGACGAAACUCUAAACUUUUAGACGAAAAAUCCAUGCGCCAGAUUUUACGUUUCCAUUUCUAUCACAGAGGAAUUAUGUGCCAUAUACUCUCAAACAUGUCCCCUAUUUCUGUGAUCUCAACAGAAGUUAAUUGAAUUGUUUCAAAUCUGAAUUUUCCAGAUAUAAUAUCUGGUACCUAAACUGUUUGAUGAAAUGCGCAAAAGAAAUGUGGUGGCUUGGAACCAAAAUUGCUUUGUCUUUUUCCUUCUGCAUUGCGCUUAUUAUUUCUUAUUUGUUACCAUAGAAGUUCAUUUUCAUAGCCAACAUUGUUCCAGAGGAUAAGGGUCUCCACCACAGUGAUGGAAAUUCUACCUUUUGUGCUUCAUUUUCAGACGCUGUGGUUGCUGAUGUUCAUCUUUAGGCUUGCAUCUUCAUACGUGGAUUUUGAAGCUCCAGAUAAUCCUUCGAUAAUGUACACAUACAAUCGCUGUGCUGAGAUAGAAAAGCAGUGUGGUUCUAUUUUAUCAUCAGCCUCUGAGUUAGAACCUGAUGAUAACAGGGGCGACAGAUUAAGAAAAGAGCACUUCUUCUUGAAUGGAGAUUGGUACCAGGAGUCGGGUGGAGCACCAUUUAUGCCAUUUGGUGUUCAUGACAUGCCAGGGCCUCCCAUGAAAUUAGUCUCUUUCUGGAUCAUGGACGUGGAUCCAGUUUGUAGAGCUAAAAAUGCGAUUAGUAUCAGUGGUGCAUUGGAAAUUGCCAAAACUAGAAGAAGCUUGUACUCGUCCAAACCUUAUCAAUGGUCCCCAAAAUUUUAUACGGCACGAGGGAUCUCUAGUCUCACUAUUCUCUUUGAAGGGAUAUAUAUUGAGACUGAGGAUAAUGGAGGAAAGCACUUGAUGUGUUUGUUGGGGAAUGCAACAAUGCCUACUUCAAGUCAAUUUGUUGAUUCAUUGGAAUCUAUGCAUGAAUAUGGUGAAUAUAGGCGUGGGUACAAAUAUGAGCCCACCCUUGUACAAGAUGAUCAAAUCAUGCUUGUUCUUCGGUACCCCAAGGCCUUCACUUUAAGCGCUAGAGUUAUCAGUGGUGAAAUGCAAAGCAUGAACCAGAAAUGGAAUCUCACAUACUUCGAUAAAAUCCACAUAUCUUCACAGUUGGUAAGCUACUCGAAUUACCAGUUCGGGGCUGUAAAUCUCCUGUCAAAAGCUUGCAGUCCAUAUCCACAUCAAGACAAUUUGGUCAUGGAAGAUGUGAAAAUGUUUACAGGAGAUGGAUUGUGUGAAAAGCUUAUGGAUGUGGAGUUGAAUGAUAUUUUUAACAUUAUGCCAAAUUUGGAAUGUAUUGGCUGGAAAGAUUGUCAUGGUAAGCUAGGCCCAUUUGUUCUUGAUAGGAAGAUUGAGGCCUCUGAUGAGGACUUCAACCAGUUCAAGCUUAUCAUUCAGAACCUUCAUUGUGAGGCAAGAAUUGAUGAAAAUGAGAUGAAAACUGCAAGGGUAUCUGCUGUUUUUCAAGUAUUUAGUUCAAGCAAAUAUUGGCACAGGGAAGCUGAGAGGACAGGUCUGUCAAGCAUGACACUUUCUGCAGAGGGAAUAUGGCAUUCUUCAGAUGGGCAACUCUGUAUGGUUGGUUGUCUUGGCCAAGUUGGUGGUCGGUCAGAAAGAUGCAGUUAUCGUAUCUGCUUGUACAUUCCUCUUACUUUCUCUAUUAAGCAACGAAGUAUGGUGUUUGGGACCAUAUCUAGCAUCAAUGAGACAGACUCACAUACUUCUCUAAUGUUUGAUAUAGCAGCAAGUCUUAAAUAUUUUUCAAAUAAUCUGCAUUGGAGUAGAAACUUAAAAUGCUCCUACAGAUAUUCUAAGAUUAUGCAGGCAAGUCAGUUUCAGAAGAGAAGCAAGCCCUCCAUAUUGGGAACCAUCCUUAGGAACUCAUUUCUUCAGUAUCCAUCACCAAAGGGUAAUGACGAAGCAAGUUUCACUUUUCUCUCAGAUGCGCUCUCUAAUCGUCUUUGUGCUGUACCACAGACAUUACUAAAUGCUCAGACAUCUAGGACAUUUGUCAAAAUAGAGGUAGUAUCUUUGGGUUCAUCAUGCGGACGUUAUUGGCCCCAUCUACAUGAAGAGAAACAUGAGAUUAAAAAACCAGUCUAUUCUAAUUCUGGAAAUUGAAAUUUCAGGGCAUCUCAGUAUUACUAGCCA